AUGACCGCCGGAAGGAGCGGCCGUCCCGAGAAAUUCGUGAAGGACCGCGCCGCCUGGCACUCGUCGGAUGUCUUCCGGACCAACUUGUAUGGCGCGGACAUGGCCGUGUUCUGCGGUGCCUCCGGGAACAAGUUCCUGUUCUCCAGCGAGAACAAGUACGUCAGCCCCUGGUGGCCCGACUCCAUGAAGAAGAUCUUCACGUUCCCGGAAGCCCUAGGGAAGCUCAAAAACGAGGAUGCCAAGAAGCGGCGCAGCUUCAUGUUGGAGUUCCUGAAGCCCGAAGCCCUUCGGCAUUACAUACCCGUCAUGGACUCCGUGACUAGGGACCACUUGGCGACGGAUUGGUCUCCACAUAAGGAGGUGAGGGUCUUUCCUCUAUUGAAGAGCUACACCUUGGCCUUGGCGUGUCGCUUGUUCAUGAACAUCAGAGAUCCCGAGAUUGUGCGGAAGUUCGCCGAUCCGUUCGCUCGAGUUGCUCCCGGGUUCGUCACGGUGCCGAUAAAUAUCCCGGGCACGCCGUUCAACAGAGCAGUGGAAGGAGGAAAAGUUUUAAGGCAAGAGCUCCUGGACCUAGUUAGGCGAAGGAAGAUGGAGAUCUCGGAGGGCAAAGACGCGAACGCGAGGGACUUCUUAUCCCGAUUGCUUCUCGAAGGAGGUGACGACGGGACGGCUUUGUACGAGAUGGAUACUUCCACCAAGAUCAUGGGAUUGCUCAACGCGAGUCACGACACCACGAGCACUUCGAUCACGGCCAUAGUGAACUAUUUGGCUCAGUUCCCCCACGUCUAUGAGCGGGUUCAUCAAGGUAAUAAACUUCAAAUUCGACUUCGUUAA